CUUUACAAAAAUUCCAAUCAGAGCUGCCAUUCACGGCGCAGCGCGCGCACCAGCUGCAGCUGUUCUAUUUUUUACAGGCGCAACACGUACAUUUGGGCCAAAAUCAAAAUUACCAAAUUGCCACUGAAACUAAAGCAGAGGGUGCGCUAAGUUCGCGGAAAAACCAAGCAAAUUAGGCAGCUCAUCUGAUGUAACUGCGUUGGCAGUGUUUCAACUCAGUAUAACCAAAAAAAAAGAAAAAAAAAAACGGCAGCAAACAACGCAGUUUCCAGCAGGGCACACUUUGGACCCGAGCAACAGCUCCAGCGAUGGCCACGAAGAGACGACCGCUGCGACCAAAUUUGGGCGGCACUGCGGGCAGUCCCACCUCCGGUUCCAACAUGAACUUCAGGCCAGGAGGACCGGACAUCACCAGGUCCGAGGCGCGCGGAACGAGACCCACGGCCGCACCCACCAGUAUACGCGAGAUCCUGGUGAUGGGCGUCAUCCAUCUGUGCAAGAAGACUAUAUUCUUCAAUACGGACCUGAAAGUGGCCUUGUAUCUGGGCAGUCUGUUCGUGAUCUCCGUAAUUGGGGACUUUGUGCCCUUCCCAAAGACCUACUUCGCCAGAUCGGACAACCUGUUCAACCAGUACUUUGUGAAGGUCGGCUGGGGCUGGACGCUGCUCUUCGUGGUGCCUUUUCUGGUGCUCUCGGCCUACACGAUCACCUGUGGUGACCACAAACGGAUGUUGCGCCACCAUUUCCCGCGCAUCGUCAUCGCCACCUUCUUCUGGUUCUUCUGGACCAAGAUGUUUAACGUCGUGGAGAACUCCUAUGGACGCUGCACCACAAAAGGCUAUGCGAGCAAAUCCAGCUGUCUGAAGGCGGGUCAUCUGUGGAAGGGCUUCGACAUAUCCGGGCACGCCUUUAUACUGAUCCACUCCAGCCUGGUGCUGAUCGAGGAGGCGCGUCCCAUCAUCCGCUGGGAGACCAUCAAGGAGCACAUCCGCAACGAGCGACACAAUCGCAGCACAGCCGAGAACUCCGGCACGAAUCCCCUGAGGACGCUGAACGAGGAGCAAAUGCGCAGCCUGCAGUUCUUGUACAAACGCCUGACGCCCAUCAUCCGCACCCUGUUCAUCGGCAUGGCGGCCCUGCAGCUGCUGUGGGACAUCAUGUUGGUGGGCACCAUGCUAUACUACCACCGCAUGAUCGAGAAGGUGAUUAGCGGCAUUAUUGCCAUACUCACCUGGUACUUCACCUACCGCUUCUGGUAUCCCACGCCCGGUCUGCUGCCGGAGGCGCCCGGCAGUGGUAGCUUCAGUUACCAACGCGAGAUACCCACCUUCCCCUUCAAGCGUCCCUCGCAUUUAUCAGCGGGUGCCGCCGCCACAAGCGCGGGAUCCAGUAGCUCGAGGACCAACCUGAAUGGCAAGGCGGCAACGACGGGCGUGCCGAGGGAUCAGCAGAUGCCUACGUUCAUGGGAAUGCCGCUGUUCACCAGUCCAAAGGCGGCCAGUGCGGCCGCCAGUUUGCUGAUCUCCGAGCAGCAGAAACGUGAGAGGGAUCGCGAGCAGCAAACGCUGGAGAGCUGAGCCCUGGCCCCGCCACCAGAUAGCUCCAGCCGCAACAGUUGCAGCAGCCAUCAAGCAUAGAAGGAAUUGAUAGUUAGGUGACGGAUUGGAAUUUAUACCAAAUUUUGUAUAUUCAGCAACGAUGAUAUGAAACGAAACGAUGAUAUUACUAAGCAAGCAGCCGAGGCUGGCACUGGAUCGCGUUCUGCUCCUCAUCCUCCUCCACCGCCGACUCUUACCAUGACAACACCCCAGCAUCCUUCAUCAGCAGUGCGUAGCUUUAAGCGUUCUUAUGUUCGUGUUUAUAUGUGCCCAACUUUAACAGUAAAAGGAUUUGUUAACAAAG